GCGGGUUUCUUAUCAUGUUUUGCUUUGGCCAAAUGUACACUUUGGGUGAGUGUGGGUGUGACAUCCAACCUUCCAUGCAUUUCACUUCCAAAAACCCCUCUUUUUUCACUUCCAGCCAAUAUGGGACCUUAUAUUGUGUCCUUUCUUCACGAGUAUGUCGAUGGCAACAUAAAUCCGAGCUUUGCUGUUUGGCUAUUCGCGGGCUGUGUCGUAGCCUUCGGCAUUUCUCUUCCCCUCUCUGGUGUCCUCUGGCGCAAAAUCGGCCUCAUGCGACUUGUCUUUGUUGCCUGCCUUUUAAAUAGCUCCAGCGUCUUCUUCUCAGCCUUCACAAUAAGAGUCAACACGAUUCUCUUCUUUUUCACAUACUCAGUUUUGGCAGGCACCGCCGUCGGUUGUGGAUAUGGCCUGGUCCUUCAAGUGGCGCUUUCAUGGUUUCCAAAGCGACUUGGCCUUGUGAUCGGCAUUUGCACCGUAGGCUUUGGCGGAGGGGCCACGGUGCUACUGCCCAUACAAACCAUCCUUAUCAACCCUAACAACACGUCACCCAGCUUAACUACUCACAUGUUUAAGGACGUCAACAUGCUCAAUCGCAUUCCUCGAUGUCUCCAAAUAACCGGCGCAGUGAUCACUGGCCUGGAGGUAGUAGGUUGCUGCUUCUUCCGACUGCGACCAUCCGGUGACUUGGAAACGGACGAAGGGGAGGUACGAGACGACUUCGGUACUGUAAACAAACCGAAAAGACUCCUCAUUCAAACCACACAAAGACCUAAGUUAAAAAUACGUUCUAAUACUCCUGUUGGCAGCAACAGCAACGAUUUAGCCUCAGCAGAAGACAUCACUCUUCGACAGGCCUUCAGCACUGCCAAUUUUUACCUUUUCUGGACAGUCAUGUUCCUUUCCUACUUCCCUGUAACCGUGCUCUCGGCCUAUGUCAAGACGGUUGCACAAGCACCAAUACCGGACGAUCAAUUCCUCAUGGUGGUGUGUAUCACUGGAGCCAUCUUCAACAUGCUUGGCCACUUCUUCUGGGGCUACAUUGGUGACAAAGUAUCGUUCAAGAUUCCAAUGGUCCUUGUUAAUGCGGUUUACGCAGCGGCACUCAUCAGUCUGCCGCACAUUUUGUGGCUGCCAAAAGCUGGAAAAGUGUGCUAUGCCAUUUGGGUGCCUCUGCUCUUUCUCUGCCUGGCGGGUAAUUUCGUGAUGCUGACUUUCGGUAUAACGCGGUCCAUGGGCCCCAAACACGUCGCCAGCAUAUACGGCACCAUCUUCUUAGCCUCGGUUCCAGCUUCUUUGAUUGGAGCAGGAAUAUUUUCCCAAAUGAGCGUGGAGACGUGCUUCAACGAGCUUUUUCUUGCCAACGGCAUUAUCGCUCUAUGCGUUUCCAUCAUUGCCGUCUUCCUGCAAGAUGGUGAAAUUCCGCGCUGGCCAAAGUGGCUGCCUUGCAACCUCGAUCAAGCUAAAAGCCCUCUCUUUUUGGAGUCCUCGAUUCCCAAUGAGGUCUGA